AUGGCGUUAACGAGAAGGCAGCGCCGGAGAUUCUUCAGUACGAAGCGGCUCUUGUCAAUAGAGCCAAAGAGCAGAUUGAAUUCGUGUUUUGUGAAAAAUGGAAUCGAACCUCUGGUGGUGUCACUUUAUCAGAUGGUUUUGGACACAACUCAGUUUUUCUACUCAGAUCAUAUUUUAGGGUUAGGCUUCUCAAGUGCCGCAGCCGCAUUUGGAUACUUUUUGUUGUUUGCAGAAGCAACAACUUUGUCUCCCUCAAUCUAUAUUAAGAGUGACAAAGGAGUUAGCCCCGAAACCGUGGAGAUCAUGGAGCGUGGUGAUCUCUACUUCGUACGUUACAAGAUUCUGAAAGGGCCAAUCGAAUCUGGGAAAAUUGACUUGAUCUGA